AUGCCUGUGCGCUGGUAUGUGGUGUCUGACUGCCCCUCGCUGCGCUACAAAGCCGCAGAUAAGUAUGGACCAAAGGUGCUACUGCCAACGCGAGAACUUGUGACGGACCACAUCUUCUAUAAGUCAGGAAACAGGACAAGGGACAUGCUGGCUUUUCGCACGGCCUUUGCUGAGCAGUGGCUGUUGGGCAUGACUGAUUUCCAGGUCAUAACAGAGGAGUCCACUUUUGGGCGUCUAGCUGCGCUGCGCUCUCUGCGGUUCCGAUCCGUAUACACAAUACGGGGGGCCGAGGCAAUGGCGGCGCGCGGCCGCAAUGCCUCAUGGGAGUGUGUGCGGAGCGAGUUUGACAAUUUCGAGGAGGUGGCAGUCAAUCACCCCUGGGUGAAGGUGCUGUGA